AUGUCUUUCUCCCAUCACCAAUCACCAUCGCAACCCUUCCCACGGCAGACGUCGGAGGCCAUAAAAACAUCGGAUACUCCGACCCAGGACCUUGCCUCGUGGGUCAGCCAGGUGCGUCAACGCAACUCGUCAUCCGCCGCCUCAUCUAGUCUUGCACAGACAAGCUCGCAGUCCCACGACGCGACGGAAUCUUCAGCUUCGGAGCUCGAGCUCGAGUUCCAGAGACAACGGCUCGAACGGCAGCAACGGAGAGACCGCCUGUCGGUUUCAGGCAUCCGUGGCAUCUCGUCUUCCAACCCGAACUCGCCUCUCGCCACGCCUUCGCUCGAAAGCCCACCGUCGGCAGCAGCAGGCUACAGCGCAUCCACCAUGGCGCCUCCUGACGCUUCUGUGCAGUCGCCAUUGCUCGGAUCGUCGCCGACAAAGGCAUCAGGUGUGACGGGAAUCAAGAGGGCCAACUCGCUGCUCGCUCGCUACGGUGGACAAUACGGUCCCACGGGUGUAGCUGCUGGGCCCAACGGUCCGAGCGACUCUCCCGUCUCGCUUGCCAACUUCAUGGGAGGCAGAGCUGCAGGUCCACGUCUGGGCAAGCUCUCCGGAGAUGGCAAAAGCGCACCUCCUGAGGCGGAUCUCAUUCACGAAAGUCGACGUGUCCCUCUACCUGGAAUGGCACCCAAUUCGGGACGCUCGCUGGCCAGCUUCCUCGAAGAGCGAGCCGAUGCUACCGGCCAAUGUCGGACGACAGGUAGCUCCCCUGCUUCGCCCGUAAAGGACAGCGUGCUGGCAACCUCUCCGAGCAAGUCAAGCAGCCCAGCCAAGUACUCAUUCACUUCUGCUGAAAUGGGACGACCAUCCAACAAUGUCGGUUCGACGGGCACCUUUACAAAACCAGCACCUCCGUCGCCCAAGAAGGCAUAUUUGAACCUCAUCGAAAAGCAAAGUGCCACCCCCGCCCCGACGAGCAGCGCGCCUUCCUCGCCCGCUAUCCCUCGAGCUUCAAGCCCCUCCAAAUUCAACAGGUUCGCUGCUGGAGCCGAAAGCACCACGACCUCUCCUUUGCUCGGUAGACCCGCUUCUCCCGCCAAAAGCACGUCCGCGGCUUCUUCUCUGCCCACCGACACUGCCAGCAGCUUGGUAUCUCGACCGCUGCCCAUCCCUAAUGCCCAGUCCAAGUCCUACUCGUCCUCCCACUCACCAGAGCGCAAAGAUGCUGCCACCAGCCCUUUCAAGCCAGAAGACAUUCAAGUUACACCUGCCGUUGCAGCCUUCCAGGGUCAGUCAAAGCCCGAGAUCGGUCUGGGCAAAGGGUGGAGCCGAUCAGCUGAGCCAGCGGACGCUCCAGCUUCGCAAGCUUCGAGCCGAGCGACGAGCCUUGCAACUAGCGAGCUAACAGGUGCUGAUCGCAUGCCGACUGCAUCCUUGUCCCGACUCAGCGCCAAAAAGAUGGUCGGCCAGCGUAUCAAAGAAGCUCAGAUGCGUGAUGUCAGCGCUCAAAAGGAGGCCGAUUCGAUGCCAGUCGGCUCCGCUGGACGCAGCGUCCCUUCCAGUCCCGCCGUGCGCGAUCGUUGGCCACCCGCUAUCCAGACUAAUGCCUCUCCUGUACGUUCAGGCUCCGACGAACGCAAGGGCGGCGCUCCCUGGUCGCCAACCAAGUACGGUAAUGCGCUUCCCGGUCUCGCCGGCCGUUCGCCCACAAAAGAGACGGGCUCGAUCCCCUGGCAGAGUUCGUCGCCAAAGAAAGCUGAGAUCGUCGCCGAACCACGAGCAGAACCAAUUCGAUUGCCUGGCAUGGGAAGCAGUGUCAGCCCCUUCGCUCGCUUUGCGGAGAACAGGUCGCGCACAGAGGAGGCCAUCGUCGUCUCCGACUCUGCUGUCAACGCCAGCCCAACGUCCAACACGGAACAGGUUCUGACUUCUCUCACCAAAGCAAGGGCCAAAGGCCCUGUCCGAAAGGCUGCAACUGCCGAUGCCAGGCUCGCCCCUUCGUCAGCCAGCAGCUCCGCUCAAACUGCUCCUGCAUCGAUGACUCCCCCUGCGCACCAAACCGAAGAUAAGUCGUCGAGCGCCGCGCCAUCCAAGCCUCCUCGCCGGACCACGGGCAAACGAAUUCACGUCCUCGUCUCGGGAUCCGGCUCCAACCUGCAAUCAUUGAUCGAUGCUACCCUCCUCGACCCUCCUGCUGGCAUCCCGGUCAUCGACAACGCGCAGAUCACGUUCGUCUUGUCAAACCGCAAAGCGGCUUACGGCCUCACUCGCGCGGCCGAGUCGAACCCGCCAAUCCCCACCAAGGUGCUUGCGCUCAAGACGUGGCAGAACCGGAACCCAGGGGGAACGCGGGAGGAGUACGACAGAGUGCUUGCUCGCGCUGUGCUCGAUGGCCCUCAUCCGGAAGGAACCGGCACCCCGCCCGACCUCAUCGUUCUGGCAGGGUUCAUGCACAUUGUCUCGGAGCCAUUCCUCCACGCUUUGGGUCACAAGACGAGUCUGCCUGCCAACGCGCCAACGAUUGGAACACGACCGUCCAAGGCGGUGCCCAUCAUCAAUCUCCACCCUGCGCUUCCCAAGGCCUUCGAUGGUGCCAACGCGAUUCCGCGCGCUUUUGAGGCGUUCAAGCAAGGUUUGACGGACAAGACGGGAUGCAUGGUUCACGAGGUGGUUGCCGACGUCGACCGCGGUCGCCCUAUCAUCGUACGCGAGGUGCCUAUCCUUCCCAGCUAUGACCUGGAACAACUCGAGCAAGCUAUCCACAAGGUGGAGCACGUCAUCAUUGUGCAGGCUGCUGACCUCGUUCUCAAGGGCCAUUUAGACAAGCUUGAUCGACAAGAGGCUGAGAGCCAGAAGACCAAGAACUCCACGCCUACACAGGCGAUCAAAGCUUCCUAG